AGUAGCUGUGUGCACCACAGAAGAAGACAGGAGAAGAAAGAUGGCGCUGCCCAUGUUCAGAAGGUGUUCCAGGUUUCCACCAUCAUCCAGCUUUCCUCUUCUCUUUCUGAAAAAAGCUUCCGUCCUGAGCCGCCCCGGGACACCGCGGCUCCCCGCCGCGCUGCGGGCCUACAGCUCCAACAAGGUGGUGGUGGUCGGCCUCCCGAACCCCUUCAUCUGGUUCCGGACCCGGAUCUACUACUUUCUGAUCCGAACCUACUUCGACAAGGAGUUCAGCAUCGAUGAGUUCACAGAGGGAGCCAAACAGGCCUUCUCCCAUGUUUCCAAACUGCUGUCUCAGUGUCAGUUUGAAGCUCUGGACGGGCUCGUAGAAAAAGACCUGGUUGGAAAACUGCAGGAAAAGUGCAGCCUGCUGCCCCCAAACUAUAAGAAGGCUCUGUCAGCAGAUCCAGACGACAUCAUGUACACUACUCCUGGAGACGUGGGCAUUUUCUACGACGACAACGGGAGGAAGUUCGUCAGCAUCCUGAUGCGGUUCUGGUAUCUUACGAGCGCACGGCUUCCCGACGACAGCAUGGAGGGAACCCGCCUCUUCAAAGUGUCCAUCGGAGAAGGAACGGAAGAAGAAGAAACGAAGCGACUGCUGACGGCCAUCUAUGAAUUUCAGAGGGAGUUCACUAAAGGAGUGCCUCCCAACUGGACCAUCACCAGGAUAGAGCACUCCAAACUUUUGGACUGAGGCUGACAGGCCAACAAGUGGAAACAAAUGUUAUCUUUUUUCCCCCCUUUGCAGUGUUUGCUUCUUUCUUUUAAGUUAGCAAAAACCGUUCACCCACCAGAGGGGAAACUCACAUGUAGGUCCUCACAGGGAUUUCUGAGGACAGAGCCGGACACAGAAAAAACACUGGAGUGAAACACAGCUGCUCUUUGAUUGUUUCUUUGCUUUUCGAAGAAACCAGUGAUUUCAAAUAUUAAACUUUCUAUAUGGUGAUAUCACCAGAGGAGUCAAGUGUUGUUCAGCUCGCUAACUUUACCACGAGUGUGGAUGAGAUGAACUCAACAUUAAAAUGUAUAAAAUAAUAUCCCAAUAGGUUUCUCUGGCCAGUGAGAAUCUGAUGAUGUGAUUGAGACAAGCAGAGGCACAAUUUGUAACAUUGUAGUUCUAAAUGAGUGUGAAGAAUCAGUUAUGUCUUCUGAAAGUCUGCUGCAGGAUUAUUUGCUGAUAAUAUCCAAACCAGCUAGCUCUCCUGACUCGCAGUACCUCUUUUUAUCACAAGAUGGUGCAGUGAGUCACUCCAGCAUCUUUGAGUUGUAGAUUGAAGGCAGACCAGAUGCUUCCCACUGAGUUGAAAUGGUACUGUUAAACUCAUGUAAUCUGCACCUUUUAAAUCUCUGGUGAUUUUUUUGUAAAUGUAUUUACUCAAUUUCAGAUCUGUUGCUACGCGUCAUGAAUUUCCUUCAGGAUUAUUAAUCUAUGUAUGCUUUGAUUCUGUAGUGGAAGGUUAACCAGCAGGUAAUGAGACUCCUCCCAUCAUCAGCUUCUCGGGGUAGGAGAAACCGUCCUGCGGUCUGGUUUCAGAGCUUCUGUGUGUCGGACUGAGCUGUGAAGGUGUUACAAGUCCAGAUCUUUGCAUUUCAUUGUGUUUCAUUUUCACAGGUUAAACACCCUGUUGCAGUCAUUUAUUUGAAGAUGUGUUUGUAAUGGUUGAGGCAGCUUCAUGCAGCCGCAGCAGACAUUUGAUUGUUUUAUUAAAGAUUUGAUGAAUUAU